AUGAACGAUUUUACUAAUUCUAAAGAAAUGAUUAAAAAUGAUAUUAGUAAAUAUAGUUUAGAUGAAAAGGAACAUAAUGAUAAUGAUGAAAAAAGUAGUAUAAAUAUAGAAAAAAAAUUAAAGGCUAAAAAAGAAAAAGAUACAAAUGGAAGCUUUAAAGAAUUUUCUAAAGAGAAAGAUUCUAGUAGAAAAACUGAUGAAUCUUUAAAAAGUAUUAAAAAAAAAAAGGAAAGAAAUUAUAAUGAAGAUGAAAAGAGAAAAAAAGAUGAAAAUAAUAAAAAAUAUAAAAAUUGUGAGGAAAAAAGAAAUCAUAAGAAUGAUGAAAUUUCCAAAGACGAAAAAAUUAGCAAUAAAAAAAAUAUGAUAAAAGAAGAUAAUAAAAUGAAAACAAAAGAAAAAUUAGAUGAUAUAGAAAAGAAAAAUGAUAAGAAAUUUAAAGGAACUGAUUAUAAAAAAGAUAAAAAUUUAACGAAUAAAAAUUGUACAGAGAAAACGGAUAUUUAUUCUAAUGAUAGAAAUAAAUAUCAUACGAAUAAUACAGAAAAUUGUGGUCUUAAUAAAAAAUAUGAGAAAGAGAAAUAUGAAACAAAAAAAAGUGAAAAGGAAAAAAAUUAUAAAAAAGGGAAAUAUGAAGAAAAAAGAAAUAAAAAUAAAAGAAGUUAUGAUUAUUCUUCAGAUGAUAGUUGUAUCAAAAAAGAAAAUAAUUAUAAAAAAAGAAAACAUGAAGAGAAAAAAAAUAAAAAAAAUAUUGAGUAUGUAUCAGAUGAUGAUAGCAAUUUGGGAAAAGAAAAAAAUAAUAAUAAAAGAAAAUGUGAAAAAAAGAAGAAAGAUAAAAGAAUUAAUGAUGAUCAUUUAUCAACUCAUAAUAAAGAAGAAACAGAAGAAGAAAAAAAAAAUGAAAAUGUUAAAAAUGAUAAUGAAAAGGAAAAAGGUAAAAAUGAAGAUAAAGAAGAAAAUGAUGAUAAAAAUAGUAAACUUAGUAGAUUAGAAAGGUUAAAGUUAUUUGCAGAAAAAAUAAAAAAAGAAGGUAAUGAAAAAAUAACGAAAUGCACUAAAUUUACAUUAAAUACUACUAAUAAUAAUAAUAAUAAUAUAAAUAAAAAGUGUGACAUUGAUGUAUUUAUGCUAAAUCAAAAAAAUAAUGAUAGAAUAAUGAUUGAGAAAAAUAUUUCAGUUGAUGAAAAUAUUUCAAAGAAUGAAAAUCAUGUGACAAAUGAAAAUGAUCAUAAGAACAUACCAGAAGAAAAUGAAGAUUCUUUAGAAUUAUUUAUGAAGCAAUUAGAAAUGGAAUACAAUGAAGAAGAAAAAGUAUGUGUAAAUAAAACUAUAACAUUAGAUGAAAUUAAUAGUUAUAAUCUAUACAAAGAUAAAUUUGAAAAUUUUGAAAAUUCAGAUAAAAACGAGAAAGAUAAAAAUAAAGUAAAUACAAAAGAAGUAAAUAAAAAUCAAUUAGACAAAAUAGAUGUAGAUAAGGAUAAAAAAGAUGCGUAUAAAGAAGAUGAUAAUAAAGAAGAUACAAAUAAGGAAUACAUGAAUGAAAAAGAUACAAAUGAAGAAAAUGAGAAUAAAGAUUACAUGAAUAAGAAAAAUGGAAAUGAAAAAUAUAAGAAUAAAGAAUACUUGAAUAAGGAAGAUAGGAAUGAAGAAGAGAAUAUAGAAAAGAAGAGUACCAAUGAUGAACAUUGUAAAAAUGAUAAUGAUAGUAUCUGUAAGAAAAAAACGGAAAAUAAUUUAGAAAGAAAAGAAAUAUCUAAUGAAGAUAGUGAAACUUUCGAUAAACAUUUUAUUGAAGAACUGAAGAAAAAAACAGAAGAGGAUAUGAAAAAAAGUAAAGAAAAAGAAAAUAAAAUAAUAUUUUCUGAUGAAGAAGUAAAUGAGUCUGAUAAGUCUAAUGAUGAAUUAAGUGAUGAUAGUGAAUUUAAUUGUGAAACAAACUCUUUAAAAAAAAUUAAUAAAAAAUUGUUACAAGUCAAUCAUGAGGAAAUAGAUUAUUUACCUAUUAAAAAAAAUAUAUAUGUACAAGUUAGUGAAAUAACAAAUAUGAAAGAAAGUGAUGUUGAAAUGUUUAGAAAAAAUAAUGGAAAUAUUAUAGUACGUGGAAAAAAUUGUCCUCGUCCUGUUCAAUAUUUUUAUCAAUGUGGUUUACCUUCAAAAAUAUUACCAAUAUUAGAAAAAAAAAAUUUUAAAAAGAUGUUUAAUAUUCAAAUGCAAACAAUACCAGCAUUAAUGUGUGGAAGAGAUAUAAUAGCAAUAGCCGAAACAGGUAGUGGAAAAACUUUAUCUUAUCUCUUACCAUUAAUUAGGCAUGUUUUACAUCAGCACCCUUUAAGAAAUAAUGAUGGACCCAUAGCUUUAAUUUUAACUCCUACAAGAGAGUUAAGUAUACAAGUAAAAAAUGAAGCAAAAAUAUAUUGCAAAGCAGUCAACUUAAACAUUUUAGCAGUUUACGGUGGUUCAAAUAUAGGAAAACAAUUAAAUACUUUGAAAAGAGGUGUGGAAAUAUUAGUUGGAACCCCUGGACGUAUUAUUGAUAUAUUAACAAUAAGUAAUUGCAAAGUUACGAACUUAAAUCGAGUUUCUUUUGUUGUUUUAGAUGAAGCAGAUAGAUUACUAGACUUAGGUUUUGAAACACAAAUUUACAGUAUCUUAAAUAAUUGUAGAAAAGAUAAACAAACAGCUAUGAUUUCAGCUACUUUUCCAAAUUAUAUACAGAAUAUGGCGAAAAAAUUAUUAUACAAGCCUAUUGAAAUAAUUGUUGGAGAAAAAGGAAAAACUAAUAAUAACAUUUAUCAAUUUGUCGAAGUUAUGGAAGAAUCUAAAAAAAUUUUUCGCCUUUUAAAAUUAUUAGGAGAAUGGAUUAAUUAUGGUCUAAUUUUAAUUUUUGUUAACAAACAAUUAGAAGCAGAUUUGUUGUAUCUAGAAUUAUUCAAAUAUGAUUAUAAAACUCUAGUUCUUCAUGGAGGUCAAGAUCAGGCAGACCGUGAAUUUACUUUACAAAAUUUUAAAGAUGAACAAAACAAAAUUUUAAUCGCUACAUCAGUCAUGGCAAGAGGUAUAGAUAUUAAAAAUAUUAUUCUAGUAAUAAAUUAUGAAUGCCCAGAUCACAUUGAAGAUUAUAUUCAUAGGAUUGGCAGAACUGGAAGAUCUAAUAAUAUAGGAUAUGCAUAUACUUUUAUUUCUCCAAAUGAACAUUCAAAAGCAUAUGAUAUUUAUAAUUUAAUUAAAAAUAAUAUUUACUAUAUAAAUAAAACAAUAGAUAUGCCACAAGAACUUGAAAAAAUGGUUCAAGAAUAUGCAAAUACCAAUAGCAUAGAGUAUAAAAAAAAAGGAUAUAAAGGUAAAGGAUAUAAAUUUACACCUAAUGAAAAAUCUAGAUUACAAAUAGAUAAAGCGUUAGCUAAAAAGGAAUUAGGUUUAGUAGAAGAGAAUAAUGAAGAUCAAAAAGACUAUUAUUCAUCCGAUAACGAAGCUGAGAGCAACUUUAAUAAUAUGAACAAUAAUUACAAUAAUAAUGCCAAUAUUAAUAAUACUAAAAGAAAUCUUGGAAGACAAAAUAUGAGUGAAUCUAAUAUUAAUCAACAAAAUGAAAUAAAUAAUAUAGAAUUAGAAAUACAGAGAAUAAAAAUGAAUGACAAAAUGGAUCUAUCUUUAAAAGCAAAAAAAAUUUUUGAAUUAAUGAAAAAUUACAAUUUUGAUGCAUUACAGAAUAGCAAUAAAAAUAUUGAUAAUAACAAAGAAGAAGAAAUAGAAAAAAUGGCAGAAAAAGAAGCCUUAAAAUCAACUCAAAAUAUAAAAGAUGAGAAAGAAAAACAAAUGAUGUUUAAUAAAAUCAAAGAAGAUGUUAAAAAAAAAUUAAUUAAUAAUAAAAAUCAAUUAGAUAUCAUGAAUGAAAGUAUACAAAGAAAUAUGAUUUUAAAUAUGAUCAAAUCAAAAAAUUUGAAAAAAUAUUCUCCAUAUUUACCACAUACUUAUAUAACGGAAGAUAAUAAUAUUUUAGAAGAAUUUUAUAUUAAUGAUUACCCACAACAUGUUCGCUUAAAAAUUUCUCAUCGUGAUGUUUUGUCAAGGGUUUCGGACAUAUCAGGUGCUAGUUGUCAAAUAAAAGGACAAUAUUAUAACCCUUCUCAAUCAAAAAAAAAUACUUUUCUUUUUAAUGUAAAGCAGUUACAUAUAGAAAUUACAGCAUCUACAUACAAUCAAGUUCAAAUUGCACGAAAUGAAUUUAAUUCACUUAUUAAUGUUUUUAUGCAAAAAUGUAAUACAAAAAAUCAAAAACUCAAUACAGGGUAUAAUGUUUUUCAUUAA